AUGAACAUAACUUCGAAUUUCACUCAUGAUUGGGAAACUUCCUUCAGUUUUAAACCCUCCUUUGCGUAUCCAGUAGCCGUUUUUUACAUUGCUGUCACAGUUGUGGCAACCAUAGGAAAUCUCAUGGUCUGUUACGCCAUACUCACCGAUAAGAAUCUGCGCAACAAUCCAUCAAACCUGUUGCUCUUGUCCCUGGCUGUGGCAGAUCUCCUCACGGCAACUAUUGUGAUGCCAUUUGACACAGAGUCAUUAUUCCUGAACUUCGCAUGGAAACACGGGAGGGCUGUGUGUCUAACGUGGCAAUUGGUGUAUCUUUUCGUUGUACCUGUCUCCAUUUUCAGCCUGUUGGUCAUCAUUAUUGAUCGAUAUCAAACCCUCAGCGAUUUUCACGGCCGAUUUGGGUGUUCACGGUUCAUGACUAAACAAAGAGCGCUUAUAGUGAUCGCGACAAUCUGGCUUUACAGCAUUUUAUGGGCUCUUCUCCCUGUCAUGGGAUGGAGGAGAGAAGGCGACUUUCUUGAAGAUGGCAUCUGCAUAUUAUCAUACACAAAAACCUACACCAUAGUCAGCUCCUUUCUGAAUAUCAUUCUUCCACUCCAGGUAUCGUGCGGGUUUUCCAUUCUAGUAUAUCACAUAAUACGAAAGCAUGAGAAGGCUCUAAGCAAUACAGAGCAUAAUUCAUCCCAACAACUCACGAAAGAACAACAAGAGAUGUAUCUGAAGAAUAUCAAGGCAGCCAAAAAGAGCUCAGUAUUCGUGUUGGCUAUUUACGUCUGCUGGCAGCCAUACGCCCUUUGGCUUGUCUCUGACACCAUCACUAGCAAAAAGUGGACAUCGUUUGACCACGAAGUCUACAUGGUGCUGUUGAUGUUUGGUUUUCUCAACUCGGCGCUGAAUCCCUUUCUGUUCGCAUUUCGGAACAAGCACUUCAGAGCUGUGUAUGCAAAAAGGUUUCCUUCCUCAGAACAUCGAUCGCACCUGUCAAUUCAGGAUUCAAAUGUCACUGAACUGGAUAGAUUUGACCACGAUACUAAAACAGCAUAUACGGGAAAAGUUGAGUUCGAUUUUACAACCGAGAGCCGCGACAUAUUUACCUUCCAAAACAGCUUCUUAAGAAUGAACAACAGUUCUGCUGCAGAUCAGUUCACCGACGAAGACGUUUUGUUUGGUUUCAGACCAGAGUUUUCGUAUCCCGUUGCAGCCUGUUACACAGUUAUCACAGCGGUGGCAGUCUUUGGAAACUUCUUGGUCUGUUUCGCAAUACUUGCUAACCAGCAUCUCCGCCACAAUCCGACGAAUCUUUUCAUUUUUUCCUUGGCUCUUUCAGAUUUUCUCGCGGCAACGAUAGUGGUACCGUUUGAUAUAGAAUCACUUUUCCUUGAUGGUGCAUGGAAUCAUGGAAGAGCAUUCUGCAUAGUUUGGCAGGUGGUGUACAUGAUUACUAUACCCAUCUCGACUUUCAGCCUAUUGACCAUCAGUGUGGAUCGAUAUAAAACCCUCAGUAAUCCUUUGUCGCGGUUUAAGAAUUCACAGUUCAUGACCCAAACUAGAGCUUUAAUUGUCAUAGCGAUCAUCUGGCUGUAUUGCCCACUAUGGCCGUUUUUUGUCCUCAUGGGUUGGCGAGAGGAAGGAGAAGCAGAUGAUGAUGGCAUCUGCAUACUAAAUUACACAAAGAACUUUAUCCUUGUUUCGUCCUUUCUUAAUGUUAUUCUUCCGCUGAUGAUCACAUGCUUUUUUUACGUCCUCAUAUAUCGCAUUGCUGUCAAGAACAAUCGAUCCACCAAAAGAGGCACCUUUCCUUCGACCCGAAAGCCCUCCAAGGAUGAAAAAAAGGUGUAUUUGAGAAAUGUCAAAGCGGCUAAGACGACUUCAAAGUUCGUUUUGGCGCUGUUCUUCUGCUGGCAACCUUACUUUUAUUUUGUCGUUGCUAGUGCUAUUGACAGCGAAAACUGGGAAUCGUUUCCUCACGAGGUUUACCUAGUGUUAUUAAUGUUCGGUUACCUUAACUCAGCACUUAAUCCGUUUCUUUUUGCCUUUUCCAACAAAAGUUUUAAGGCCGUUUAUAAAAAGCUUUUUACAUCGCGUAAACAAGCUGUAAAACGGGCUGAACCCAGCAUAUCACUACGUCGGCUCUCAACGUUUUCACAAAGCACUGUCACCUCCGAGAUUCCGGAGCUGGGAAGCGGUGUCCGUCUCCGAUCCAUAUCCUAUUAUGAAGAUUCAGUUUUUGAAUCAAUGCCUGCGGCAGAGAGGUAGCUGUAGUGAGAACUCAAGGAGGUAAUUUAAGAUCUAGAAACUUUGGUUAAAAGAGCUGGGUUAUUUGUAUGUGAUUUACCAACAAACAUUAUAUUGUUGCAUUACUCCGAGGCUCUUAAUUUGAAUAUUGUAAAGCAAUUACAUUACAAAUAAGAAUUUUUCCCAAGCACUUAUAUAGAUCUGUCAGGUAAUAACAACAUAUGCAUUUUGUAAAUAAUCACAUCGCAAUGUACCUGCUUGAGCAGUAGCGGUAAUCAUUAUGUUUGGGGUAGGAAUCACCUAAUAUGUAACUCUCUGAGAUUUGAUGGUAAAAAUGUUCUAUUAGUGAGAACAUAUUUUAUGUAAAUUUUCUGAGCUUACUAAGAUUUUGUUUGAAAUUAAUGUGAUGCUUUAUCGUUGAAAUUAACGGGACAGAAAAUUGAAAUUAGGGAUACAUAAUCAGUAAAACAUGGAGAUAGUAUAGGUGAAGUGACGUGUGGUCUCAGGGUUAUUUCUGUAAGACAUAAAACUCGACAAAAUUUGACUUACAAAAUUGCAAAAACAAAGAGAUCAAAUGCUACAAA